GUAGUUUAUCCUGAGGGGGGGCUGUGGAGGAAUUACUAAUUUCUCACACCAACACCGGCACACCCCUGCGCGCCUAUGUCACCACCAGACUGCUCUCCAAGUCCAUGGAUAAAAAGGAACAGAAGGCAGCAGAAUGGUUGUUGUGGGAGCGAGUAACGGAACCUUCGGUAGUGGCAACAUGAGGUCGUCCUUCAUGAUAGAAGAUAGAACUGGUGGAGGAGAUCUCGGGGGCUCCACCAACAUGAUGAUCUCGGAGGCUCUUGCGCCCCGGCUGCUGAAGAUUGCGCAGGGCGCCGCAGAGGCAGCGGCAGCAGCGGCAGCAACGACGUCUCCAUCCACCUCCAGUCAGCCGCAGGUCAUGGAGAUGAACGGGACACGGUGCGGCGAGCAGAUCCUGAGCUACGGCCGGUUUGAGAAAGUCCUGAUCGGUGGGAUCCUCACCAUGCUCACACUCUCCACCAUCUGCGGGAAUUUACUGGUGGUCAUCUCCGUGUGUUUCGUCAAAAAGCUGCGCCAGCCGUCCAACUACCUGAUCGUUUCACUCGCCGUGGCGGACCUGUCAGUGGCUCUGGCCGUGAUGCCGUUCGUCAGCAUCACGGACCUUAUUGGUGGCCAGUGGAUAUUCGGACAGUUCUUCUGUAACGUUUUUAUCGCCAUGGAUGUGAUGUGCUGCACCGCGUCCAUCAUGAGUCUCUGCGUAAUCAGCAUCGAUAGGUAUCUGGGUAUCACAAAGCCCCUGACGUAUCCUGUCCGUCAAACCGGCUGCUGCAUGGCCAAGAUGGUGCUGUCAGUGUGGCUCCUCUCAGCCUCCAUCACCCUCCCCCCUUUGUUCGGCUGGGCGCAGAACGUCAAUGACGGCAGAGUCUGCCUCAUCAGCCAGGACUUUGGCUACACCGUCUACUCUACAGCUGUGGCGUUCUACAUCCCCAUGUCAGUGAUGUUGAUCAUGUACAACAGGAUCUACCGGGCGGCCAAACUCAGCGCUGCCAAGCACACCAUCACCUGCUUCCCCAGGGAGGGGGAGCACAGCUCGGGGGGAGCUUCUCGAAGAAGAGGGCAUGAGGCUCAGGGUUCUGAAGUAUCAGGAGGAACCGGAAGUGUUGAAGGAACCGAAGCUGAGGAAGAGGAGGAGAGCUUGGACUGUGUGGCAGCAGCGUUAAAGCUCCAGCGUGAAGUGGAGGAGGAGUGCAGCUCCCGUGUUUCUCGCCUGCUCAAGACGGGGGAACAUCACCAACGCAGGAAGAGGACAAACCAGUCCAUCUUCAAACGGGAGCAGAAGGCUGCGACCACUCUGGGCAUCGUGGUCGGUGCCUUCACCUUCUGCUGGCUGCCCUUCUUCUUGGUGUCCACCGCCAGGCCGUUUAUCUGCGGCGUGGAGUGCAGCUGUGUGCCGCUCUGGCUGGAAAGAACUUUGUUGUGGCUCGGAUACGCCAACUCCCUCAUUAAUCCCUUCAUUUAUGCGUUUUUCAACCGCGAUCUGAGGACCACCUACAGUAACCUCCUGCGGUGUCGCUUUAGAAACAUCAAUCGGAAGCUGUCAGCGGCUGGUAUGCACGAGGCUCUGAAGCUGGUGGAGAAGCCAGACAGUGAUGUGUAAAGCUGUACGUCUGCCAAUCAGCGACUCUGCAGAGACCAACAGAGACAACUGCCAGGGGAAACGCCCAGCGGGGUUUACACUGUGGUACAAGGCCACCACGCUGCCAGAUUACUUAUUUCCCCAAAUGUGUAGAUGAUUGCUGAGGCGAGGCAGGAUGAUGUGAUUAAAUGGAUGCACAUGAAGGAACACUGAAGAAGCCUAAAUCUUUUUUUUUUUUUUUGGGGUAUUGGGAAAAAAUGGAGGGUUUGUUCAGCUCUGAAUAGUGUCUGCUGCAGAGUCCUCACAACUACUGUCCAACAAUUGUAAUGAAGGUCGCCGCCGUGGUGCAGUCCACACUAACUUGCUGCCAAACCUAACAGUCUUUUGCACGUGACGUUCUUACAAAAGUUGUUGGAGCUCCACACUGAAACUUUCCACCUGAGUCGCCGCUGUCUUGUAUUUUCAGAUCGAGCCGAGGAACAUUUGCCCACACAAAUAAAAAAGGACAUCUUGGAGCUCUGA